AUGCCCAGGCGACGAAAGGAACCAGCGGAGCCACAGUCGCCACCUGGGGGCUGGAGCGUCCUCUCUCCAGACGACCCAAACGCCUACCCAUUGGCCGCGGUAUUCGACCUCGACUACACUUGCUGGGAUCUUUGGAUUGAUACAGACAUCACCCCGCCGCUGACGCGGAAGGGCGACGAGCUGAAUCAAUUGACGGACCGCCGUGGAUCGUCACUCUGCUUUUACCCCGAACUGCCCGCCCUUUUCGCCGAGCUGAAGGAGCGCCGAAUUCACGUCGCGGCGGCAUCACGUACACAUACUCCUGAGCUGUGGGUCAUCGCGCCACAUGAAGCUGACACCAGCGCCCGUGACGCGCUCAACCUUCUUCUGCUCCCCGCCGAAAACGGCGUCGUCCGCGCUCAGAGCUACUUCAAUACAAUGGAGAUCUAUCCUGGCUCCAAGUUGCGGCACUUCCGCGAGAUCCACCGCAAGACAGGCAUCCCCUACGAGCAGAUGCUGUUCUUUGACGAUGAGCACCGUAACUUCGAGGUCGAGCAGCUCGGGGUUACUAUGGUGUUGAUUACGCGAGGAACGGAUCGGGCAGCCUGGAACGAGGGACUGGAGAAGUGGCGCCGGAGACGUGGGAUCAAGGUUGAGCGUGUUGGCGCUGUCGCGUAG